AUGCGGCUCCAACGAGUAGCGAUCCUGCUGGGAGUCUUCAUUGUCGCCUGUUUCUCACUUACUCUUCUCCGUGAACGCAAACCGAAAACACCCCCGAUCCCGAGUCACCCUCAAGCUACACCCCCUACGCCACUGAAACCAAUCGAAUACUACCACCAAGCCGCUCAGCAGAGUUCUUACCUUCCUGGAAAAACACACCCCGUCGCCCAAUUAAUCCAAAAUGCAGACCAGCAUUUCGACCAGACACGAUCGCGCCAGUCCCAGACGUUGCAGGAUGCCGUGCGGGAAUACCAGCGUCGCUACAACAUGCACCCUCCGCCGCAUUUCGACAAGUGGUUCGAAUUCGCUCAAGCCAAGGGGGUGAAGAUGAUUGAUGAAUACGAUACAAUUUACCAUUCGCUUCUGCCAUUUUGGGCUCUGGAGCCGCGGACUGUUCGAGCGCGCGCGAGGGAGGCCCUUGGGUUUGAUAACCAGAUGAUGGGGAUUCUUAUUCGCGGGGGUAAGGUUACGCUGGCAGAUGGUGGUGGUGAUGGGUAUAAAUGGCAGCGGGAAGCUACGAUUGGCAUGAUGCAGGGAUUCAUCCAGUAUCUUCCUGAUAUGGAUCUUGUCUUCAACCUCCAUGACGAGCCUCGUGUCGUUUUGCCUAGCGAUGACCUUCAGCGGUUAGUCAACUCCGCCAAGGACCAUGCGGUUCCUGAGUCGUUCGGGAAUCGGUCUCCGGUGAAUUCGUGGUCGCCUAGACCGACGGAUGUGAACAAGGGUGAUCGCAUUGACGAAGUCCGCACGACGCGGUUCAAUCGGUUCGCGCAUCAGCCAACGUGGACGCAUUCAAGAAUCUCCUGUCCUGCGAAUAGUCCUGCUCGUUCGCUCGAAGAGAACCCUGUUGAUAAUACCACUGCCUAUGCGUACGGAGGGCUUGGAUUUAUCUACAAUACCACUGCGGCCUCAGAUAUCUGCAAUACUCCGUCGCUUCGUUACACCUACGGCUUUUUUGAUCGGCCGAAUGCCUUUGAUAUUGUUCACGAUCUGUUUCCGGUGUUCUCACAGAGCAAGAUCUCCAGUUUCCAGGAUAUUGUCUACCCUAGCCCGUGGUAUUGGGCGGACAAAGUUCCGUAUGAAGGGAGGAAAGAUUAUGAGUGGGAUUCAAAACUCGACAAGCUGUACUGGAGAGGCUCGACGACCGGUGGGUUCUCGCGCGCGGGCGGCUGGCGACGACAGCAUCGCCAGCUUUUUGUCAGCAAUGCAAAUGCGCUGGAUACAACCAAGGCCCUGACCCGGGACGAGAAUGGUGCCUGGUCAUCGAAGGAGGUUAGCCGCCGCGAUUACCGUGACCUAUUUGAUGUCAAAUUUACGUUCAUCGGACAAUGCGACCCCGAAGACUGCGCCGCACAAGAAGAAUACUUUGACGUGGCGAAACAUGCCGGUCAGCAGGAUGCCUGGGGAUACAAAUACCUAGUCGACAUUGAUGGAAACGCCUUUAGUGGUCGGUACUAUGCGUUCUUGAAAAGCAACAGCCUGGUCGCCAAGAUCGCUAUCUUCCGCGAAUGGCACGAUGAGUGGAUCAGGCCAUGGGUGCACUACGUACCAUUGGGUUUGCGAGGCGACGAUUAUGUCGAGACAAUGCGGUUUUUCACGGCUGAAGAGGAAGGUCGCAGUGCAGCUCCCCGGAUUGCGCAGCAGAGUCAACAGUGGGCAAAGGAUGUGUUACGAAACGAGGACUUUGAGGUUUGGUUCUUCCGGUUAUUGCUAGAGUAUGGGAGGUUAAUUGAUGAAAAUCGCGACAAACUGGGAUUUGUCCUUUAA